CGCGGUGGAAAAUGUUUUUUGUAGUAUAAAGAGUGAAUCAACCCCACUUCCAAAUUUCAUUCCUUUCCUCCAUAAUUCAACCAUUUUCUAGUACUUUUCUCUCAUAUCCUCUGUCUCGGCGUAUCAAGUCAGUCUCUAUAUUCUGUAAGGUUUUGGUGUAAUUUCUUUUCUAUUGCGUCCCUUUGGUUUUUUUUCUUUUAUUUGGUGAGAUAUGUCUAUGAUUUUGCAAUCCAACCUUGUGUGCAUUGAGUAUUUGCUUGAUGUUCCCACCACCAAAAAAUGGCACUUAGCUUUUGCCAAAAUCUACUGUUCAAGAAUACUUGCCUCUCUAGCCAAAAUUAAAUCUACCAAGAAAGUCUCCCGCUCUCCUUCCCAUACAGUGCUCGACGUAAAGCCACACAACACCACUUUCACUGUUGACCAAACGAGCCUUGCAGACCUUGUGAAGGGGAAAGAUCUUGAUCAUCUUCGAAAACUUGAUGGGGUUGAUGGAGUUGCCACUGCUCUUGACACCAGCAGAGAAGGUGGAAUCUGUGCCAAUGACGCCGACAUUGCUCGCCGACAUGAGGCAUUUGGUUCUAAUACAUACAAGAAGCCACCAACAAAGGGUCUCUUUCAUUUUGUGGUGGAGGCUUUUAAGGAUCUUACGAUUCUAAUACUCUUAGGCUGUGCAGCACUUUCUCUUGGAUUUGGGAUCAAAGAACAUGGUCUGAAGGAAGGUUGGUAUGACGGUGGAAGCAUAUUUGUUGCAGUGUUUCUUGUCAUUGCUGUUUCUGCUGGGAGCAAUUACAGGCAGAACAGACAGUUUGACAAGUUAUCAAGAGUCAGCAACAAUAUAAGAAUUGAUGUUGUGAGAGUUGGGAGAAGACAAUCUAUCUCUAUAUUUGAAAUUGUAGUGGGAGAAAUUGUUGUGUUAAAGAUUGGAGAUCAAGUUCCUGCAGAUGGGUUGUUCUUGGAUGGCCAUUCAUUACAGAUUGAUGAAUCAAGUAUGACUGGGGAGAGUGACCAUGUUGAGAUCAAUCAUGACCAGAACCCAUUCCUGGUUUCUGGAACAAAAGUGGUUGAUGGAUAUGGCCGAAUGCUGGUUACGUCAGUGGGGAUGAACACGACUUGGGGGCAAAUGAUGAGCCAUAUCAGCCGCGACAAUGGCGAAGAAACUCCAUUACAAGCUAGGCUGAAUAAACUAACUUCGUCGAUCGGUAAAGUCGGUCUAGCAGUGGCUUUUCUUGUUCUAGUAGUUUUGUUGGUUCGCUAUUUUACAGGGAAUACACAGGAUGAGAAUGGAAAUCAGGAAUUCAAUGGCAGCAAAACAAAAGUUGAUGAUGUUGUGAAUGCUGUGGUGGGGAUUGUGGCAGCUGCUGUAACCAUUAUUGUGGUUGCAAUUCCUGAAGGAUUGCCUCUGGCUGUGACUCUUACCCUUGCUUAUUCCAUGAAAAGAAUGAUGAAAGAUCAGGCUAUGGUGAGGAAGCUUUCUGCUUGUGAGACCAUGGGGUCUGCCACCACCAUUUGCACUGACAAAACAGGUACUCUGACACUCAACCAGAUGAAAGUCACCAAGUUUUGGCUAGGCCAAGAUUCAAUUGAAGAGGAUGCUUCAUCAAUGAUUUCUCCAUAUGUGCUGGACUUGAUCAAACAAGGAGUUGCUUUGAAUACAACUGGUAGUGUUUAUAGACCAACAGCUGAAUCUGAAUAUGAGUUUUCUGGCAGUCCUACUGAAAAGGCAAUUCUUUCUUGGGCUGUACUGGAACUUAACAUGGAUAUGGAAGCAUUAAAGAAGGGAUUUGAUUGUCUCGGUGUCGAAGCCUUCAAUUCGCAGAAGAAACGAAGUGGGAUUAUGAUAAGGAGCAAGAUGGACAGUUCAAUCAAUGUUCACUGGAAAGGAGCAGCAGAGAUGAUUCUUGCAAUGUGUUCGAGUUUCUACGAUGCCUCUGGAAUUUUGAAAAAUAUUGAUGAGCAACAAAUGAGUACAUUGAAGAAAAUUAUUCAAGGUAUGGCAGCUAACAGCCUUAGAUGCAUUGCUUUUGCCCACAAACCGAUUCAAGAAGGAGAGCUGCUUAAAGAUGGAAAAGAAAAGAGUUUGAAAGAAGACAACUUGACCCUGCUAGGCCUGGUGGGUAUUAAGGAUCCAUGCAGACCAGGAGUCGGAAAAGCUGUUGAAGCAUGUCAAUCCGCUGGAGUGAACAUAAAGAUGAUUACUGGUGACAAUGUUUUCACUGCACGAGCCAUAGCCCUUGAAUGUGGAAUUCUCAAGCCUGGUCAGGACUUGUUCAGUGGAGCAGUAGUUGAAGGAGAAGAAUUCAGGAAUUACACAAUGGAAGAAAGAAUGGAGAAAGUUGAUAAGAUCUGCGUGAUGGCAAGGUCGUCUCCUUUCGACAAACUUCUCAUGGUGCAGUGCUUGAAACAGAAGGGGCAUGUGGUAGCAGUCACCGGUGAUGGCACAAACGAUGCACCGGCACUUAAAGAGGCUGAUAUAGGCCUAUCUAUGGGCAUCCAGGGGACUGAAGUGGCCAAGGAGAGCUCAGACAUCGUAAUCUUGGAUGACAAUUUCGCUUCAGUUGCGACGGUUUUAAGGUGGGGAAGAUGUGUCUACAACAACAUUCAGAAAUUCAUUCAGUUCCAGCUUACUGUCAAUGUUGCAGCACUUGUUAUCAAUUUUGUAGCCGCAGUUUCUGCAGGUGAAGUUCCUCUAACAGCAGUCCAGCUCUUGUGGGUGAACCUGAUUAUGGACACACUGGGUGCUCUUGCUCUAGCUACAGAGAGACCAACAGAGGAACUCAUGGAGAAACCACCGGUUGGUCGGACCGAACCACUCAUCACCAACAUCAUGUGGAGGAACCUGCUUGCUCAAGCUUUAUAUCAGAUAACAAUCCUCUUGAUUCUACAGUUCAAGGGGGAAUCAAUCUUCGGCGUGACGGAGAAAGUCAAGGACACCUUGCUCUUCAACACUUUUGUUCUAUGCCAAGUCUUCAAUGAAUUCAAUGCAAGGAAGCUUGAAAAGAAGAAUGUUUUUGAGGGAAUUCAUAAGAACAAGCUGUUUCUAGGGAUUAUUGGCAUAACCAUUGCCCUCCAGGUUAUAAUGGUGGAGUUCCUGAAGAAAUUUGCAGAUACAGAGAGGUUGAACUGGGGACAAUGGGGAGCAUGUAUUGGAGUUGCAGCUAUGGCUUGGCCAAUUGGUUGGGUUGUCAAGUCCGUACCUGUCCCUGAGAAACCUAUAUUCAGCUAUCUAACAUGGAAGAAGUAGGAUUUUGAACAUGGAGAUGUAUAUUGCUGGUACCAGUACUCCUUUAUUUUUAUCUUUGAUAUAUGAUUUUCACAUUGUAUUUAUUCUUUUAAUUCCAUAGCUAUGCAUUUGUAGAUAUUUUCAACUUUGAUGAAUUGCACUUUUGUUAACUGGCUCUUGGUUUGACUUUU